AUCACAGCUUAGCAAGCCAAAACCUUCCCACAAUAUUAUUCUUAUAACCAAGCUAGCUGUGAGUAAUGGGAUCCAUUCAAGCAGAGCCAGUAGCUGUGCCUCAUGUUGUGUGCAUCCCAUUCCCUGCACAAGGCCAUGUGAACCCAUUCAUGAACCUGGCCAAGCUUCUCCAUGCUAGAGGCUUCCACAUCACCAUGGUGUACACAGAGUUCAACCACGCCCGGUUACUCAAGUCCAAAGGAUCCGAGGCGCUGCAGAACUCUCCCGGUUUCAGGUUUGAGACCAUUCCUGACGGUGUGCCACCUUCCAACCCUGAUGCCACUCAGAGUGUCACUGAGCUCUUGUACUAUACCAAGAAGCACUCGGUGGUUCCGCUCAGGGACUUGAUUGUGAAGCUCAAUUCCAACCCGGAUUUGCCUCCGGUGAGUUGCAUUAUUUCCGAUGGGAUUAUGGCCUUCGGAAUCAAAGUUGCCCGAGAGCUUGGGAUUCCUGUGGUUCAAUUCUGGACUGCUUCCACAUGUGGUCUCGUGGCCUAUAUGCAGUUCGUAGAGCUUGUCAAAAGGGGCAUUUUCCCAUUAAAAGAUGAGAAAAAUGUCACCAACGGUUACCUGGAAAACACCACUCUAGAGUGGAUCCCCGGAAUGAAACACAUGCGGCUCAAGGACAUGCCGAACUUCGUCCGGUCCACCGAUCCGGAGGACAUCGCCUUCAACCGCUGGCUCGAAGAGGCCCAGGAUAUCCUCACCGCCGAUGCCAUCAUCUUCAACACCUUCUAUGACUUCGAGGCUGAAGUCCUGGACACGGUUGCCUCCGUGUUCCCCAAGAACAACAUUUACAACUUGGGACCACUCACCACUCUCUGCAAGACCUUGCCGGCAAGCGAAGACGCCUCAACUCGGCCGAGCCUGUGGAAGGAGAAUACCGAGUGCCUGAACUGGCUCGACGCCCAAAAGCCCGACUCUGUCAUCUACAUCAACUUCGGCAGCAUUGCCGUCAUGACGGCUGACGAUUUCGACGAGUUUGCUUGGGGUUUGGCAAAUAGCGGUCACCCGUUUUUGUGGAUUGUACGGCCGGAUGUUGUGAAGGGAAAAUACUCAGCGACUUUGUCGGAUGAGUUUCUGGAAGCCACAAAAGAUCGUGGCGUGAUAGCCCGAUGGUGCCCUCAGGAGAAGGUGCUUGCACACCCUUCUGUGGGGACAUUUUUGACCCACAGCGGGUGGAAUUCCACUCUGGAGGGGAUAUGCGGUGGGGUCUCCAUGCUUUGUUGGCCGUUUUUCGCCGAGCAGCAGGUGAACUGUAGGUACGCGUGUACAACAUGGGGGAUUGGGAUGGAGAUUAGUACUAAUGUGAAGAGAGGGGAGUUGGAGAGUUUGGUUAAGGAGAUGAUGGAAGGGGAGAAAGGGAAGGUGAUGAGGAACAAGGCGGUGGAGUGGAAGAAGAAAUCGGAGAUUGCUUGCAGUGUUAAGGGAGGGUCGUCUUACGCGGAUUUGGAGCGAUUCGUUGAGUUCGUCCUCAACUUAUCGGUCAAGGGUUGAUUUCAUGAUCGAGGUGACAUGCAUGCAUGAUGGUGGAUGGUGUAUAAUUUGAUGUGCUGGCAAUAAUAUUUAGGGUUAAUUAAAGCAAAUUAAUUAAUGUGUAAUUGGCCUGCUCCAAUAUGGCGGGAGUGAUUAAGUUUGUUGUUGGCCCGAGUCCUGAAAUGCGGGCGCUUGAAUAAGGUUUGUAUUUAUGAAUUUUAAUGAGAUAAAUAAAAAUUAUUCAGUAUGGGCACGUAUAUGAUCA